AUGAAGUUUUACUAUCCAAGCGAACAAACAGACAGUAUUCAAAAUAAUUUAUCAACAUGCAAAAAAUUAUCAGGUGAUCAAUUACAUGACUUUUAUUUUACUGAAUUAAAACUCUUAAACGUUAGUAAAAUUAUACCCAUAAAAAAUCAUUUUGGAGACCCCGGCCAAUCUCAUUUUACUACCAAAAACAAUACUCGUGUUAUCGCGCAGAAAGGUAGUUUGGCGGUUUUGCCAUGUGUCGUCAAAAUAAGUUCUCCAGCCACAGUUUCAUGGAUUAGAAGAAAGGAUUUCCAAUUGUUAACAGUUGGACUCUCAACACACAGCAGUGAUAAAAGAUUUCUUGUUGAACAUGCACGUCAUAUGGGACACUGGUCUUUAAGGAUUAAGUCUGUACGCGAAAGUGACCGCGGGUUGUACGAAUGCCAGUUAUCUAUUUAUCCUACAGAAUCAAUAUUUGUCGAACUUAAAGUAGUGGUUAUAUAG